AUGGGCUGUACAACAGGCCAUUUGGCUUGCCAACCACAGCCGCAGACCAACUCGGGGCAGGAGGGUCAAUCGCUAGAGACUGGUGGGGCCAAAGUGCCCGAGGUGCUUUCCUCUCUGGAGCGUCUAUCUCAGGCUACUGGAGGAAUGGAGAAGUCCUGGUACCGCUGCAUCUUUCCAUUUGGAAUCAUCUCUUUAGUUAUCGGUGUAGCAGGAACAGGAGUGACCUACACCUAUAAUGACCUGCCUCAGACUAAAGUGGUGUCAGUUGUGCUACUCGUCAUGGGUAUUUUGCUGUUAAUGAUGGCAACUGCUUGUUGGACUGUCCACAAGAAGAAGCGAAGGAAAAAGAAAGAGGGGGGCUCAUUCACGUCUGAGCAGUGUCCCCUGUGA